AUGGAAGAAUUUCUCCAUAUUGCUCUGAGUAGCAAAUAAAUAGAUGCUUAAGGUGCAUCAGACUUAGGUUCUGGUUUAGCAAACUGCACUAAUCUCUCAAAUUUGACACUUCGUUUUUAGUAUAAUAAAAUUGGUAAUGAAGGUACAUCAUGCUUAUUUUCUGGUUUAGGAAAGUGCAUUAAUCUCUCAAAUUUGAUACUUAAUCUUGGGUAUAAUUAAAUUGGUGCAGAAGGUGCACUAGGUUUAGCUUCUGGUUUUGGAAAGUGCACUAAUCUUUCAAAUUUGACACUUGAUCUUGAGUCUAAUUAAAUUGGUGCAGAAGGUGCAUCAAGCUUAGGCUUUGGUUUAGGAAAUUGCACUAAUCUCUCAAAUUUGACACUCCGUCUUUUGUAUAAUGCAAUUGGUAAUGAAGGCGGAUCAGGCUUAGGUUUUGGUUUAGGAAAGUGCAUUAAUCUCUCAAAAUUGACACUUGAUCUUGAGGCAAAUUAAAUUUGUGCAGAAGGUGCAUCAAGCUUAAGUUCUCAUUUAGGAAAUUAAACUAAUCUCUCAAAUUUUACACUUGAUUUUUAGUAUAAUUAAAUUGGUGCAGAAGGGGCAUUAGACUUAGGUUUAGGAAAGUUCACUAAUCUCUCAAAUCUGAUACUUAAUCUUUAAUAUAAUUAAAUUGGUGUAGAAAGAGCACUAGACUUAGGUUUUAGCUUAUAAUAGUGCACUAAUCUCUCAAAUUUGGCACUUAAUAUUGGAUAAAAUUAAAUUGCUUCAGGAGGUGCAUUAGGUAUAGGUUCUGGUUUAGGAAAGUGCGCUAAUCUAUCAAAUUUGAAGCUUGAACUUUGUUAUAAUCAAAUUGGUGCAGAAGGCGCAUCAGGCUUAGGUUAUGGUUUAGGAAAGUGCACAAAUCUCUCAAAUUUACUACUUGAUCUUGAGUCUAAUUAAAUUGAUGCCGAAGGUGCAUCAUGCUUAGGUUUAGGUUUAGGAAAUUGUACUAAUCUCUUAAAUUUGUCAAUUUAUAUUAGUUCUAAUUAAAUCGAUGCAGAAGGUGCCUCUAACUUAGGUUCUGGUUUAGGAAAGUGUAUUAAUCUCUUAAAUUUGUCAAUUGAUCUUAGCUAUAACGAAAUAAAUAAGUCAUAAUAAUUGAAAACAAAAAGCAAGUACUUCAAAUCAAAAAGAAUAGUUGUCUUAGAAAUAUAUUGUUGGUGA